AUAAAACUUCAGACAUAUAUACCAGCAUUUAAUUAUUGUUUUAAUUGAUGGACUAACACAGCUCUGAAUUAAAUAGUUAUUUUUAUUGCUUAAGAAAAAUUGUUGUUUGAAGAGAAGAAAACAUGGCUGCCAUGAAUUUGCAGUUCGCCAUGAACCAGGCUGUGCAAAGGGCCACUAAUGUGGUAUACCAGGAACAUAAUGUCUCUAGAGAUAAGAGAGGGAAGGUGCUUGGAACCAAGGCUGGAUUUAGAGGGUGUACUGUCUGGUUGACCGGUUUGUCCGGUGCUGGUAAAACCACCAUUUCAUUCGCUCUUGAAGAAUAUUUGGUGAGUCAGGGAAUUCCAGCAUACAGUUUGGAUGGUGACAACAUUCGUACGGGUUUGAACAAGAACCUUGGCUUCACCCAGGAAGAUCGUGAGGAAAACAUCAGACGUAUUUCUGAGGUGGCCAAACUGUUUGCUGAUGGUGGUAUUGUCUGUAUUACUGCCUUCAUCAGUCCCUAUGCCAAGGACCGUGAACGUGCUAGGGAGCUACAUGAACAGUCUGGUUUGAGGUUUGUCGAAGUGUUCGUAGACACGCCGCUGGAUGUCUGUGAACAGAGAGAUGUCAAAGGGUUGUACAAGAAAGCCAGGGCAGGAAUCAUCAAAGGUUUUACUGGUAUUGAUGCUGCCUAUGAGAAACCGGAAAAUGCGGAAGUUUCUGUGAAAGCCGGACAACUGAGCAUUGACGAAUGCGUACAGGAAGUGGUCAGUCAUCUUGUGGAAAAGGAGGUGGUACCAUCCAGUGCUAUUAACACUGUGAAGGAAUUGUUUGUGCCGGAGAACAGAUUGCAGGCGGUAAAAGCCGAGGCUGAGGCUCUACCUAGCCUAGCGAUAACAAAGCUGGACUUGCAAUGGACUCAAGUGCUGUCGGAGGGCUGGGCCUCUCCCCUGAAUGGUUUCAUGAGAGAAAGGGAAUUCCUGCAGUGUCAGCACUUUGGAUGCCUUUUGGAUGGAGGAGUGACCAACCAGUCUAUCCCGAUUGUGUUGCCAGUCCACACCAAUGACAAGGACAAGUUGAAUGGUUGUGCGGCCUUCUGUCUACGAUAUGACAAUAAACCGGUGGCGAUCAUGAGGAAUCCGGAGUUCUAUGAGCAUAGAAAGGAGGAGCGAUGUAGUCGCCAGUUUGGGACCAGUAAUACUGGGCAUCCUUAUGUGAAGAUGAUUUAUGAGAGUGGAGAUUGGUUAGCUGGUGGAGAGUUAGAAGUGCUGGAGAGGAUCAAGUGGAAUGACGGGCUGGAUGAGUAUCGCCUCACACCCAAGGAGCUUCGGCAACGUUUCCGAAAUAUACGAGCGGAUGCAGUGUUUGCCUUCCAGCUACGUAAUCCUAUACACAAUGGUCAUGCUUUGCUGAUGGCGGACACAAAACGUAGGCUGCUAGAGAGGGGAUACAAGAACCCAGUUCUACUUUUACAUCCACUAGGUGGCUGGACAAAGGACGAUGAUGUACCUCUCCCACACAGAAUGAAACAACAUAAAGCCAUUCUAGAUGAAGGUGUCUUAGAUCCUAAAACCACAGUGCUAGCAAUCUUCCCAUCUCCAAUGAUGUAUGCAGGACCAACAGAGGUGCAGUGGCACGCUAAAGCUAGGAUGUCAACGGGGGCCAAUUUCUACAUCGUGGGGCGCGAUCCUGCAGGCAUGCCGCACCCAGACGGAGGCAAAGAUCUGUACGAACAUUCACAUGGCUCAAAGGUUCUAACAAUGGCUCCAGGCCUCACACAACUUGAAAUUGUCCCAUUCCGAGUAGCAGCGUACAACACCAAACUUCACAAGAUGGACUUCUACAAUCCAGAAAAGAAGGAAGACUUCGAUUUUAUCUCGGGCACACGUAUGCGUAAACUCGCACGUGAAGGUCAAAAUCCCCCAGAUGGCUUUAUGGCACCAAAAGCUUGGAAAGUUCUACAAGACUACUACCAGUCUCUGAAGCAGACAUAAAGCAAUGUCUAACAUAAUCGAACAUUUUACACCAAAAGCUAACUUAUUUAUAUACGCUGUGGGAUUUUAUUUUACAGGGUCCAUAAUAUGUAAUUUUCUCUAUAGAUACUGUUGGGUAUAUGGAAAUACUGCUGUUAAUCACAUUGGAUUCUCUAAGCAACAUACAAAUGAAAACCAGACGUAUGCAAAAGCCCAGAUUUCCAUUUGUGAUUCUCUUUACUGGACUUUAGAUUAACUUUUAUUAUAAAGGUUGUAAAUAGUAAUCAACAUCAAGUUGCUAGAAGGGUUGAGAUUUCAUACCUGUUUGAGCAUGAGACAGCAUUCUAAAUUUCAAUAAACAAAAUUGUUAACAUUCAGAACAUUGCAGUUAUAAAGUUUAGCCAUACACGUUCAAGAUACACUCAUACAUCCAAAGUCUUGAAAUCUCAACCUCAUUCUAUUUAUAGAAACUGCUGUCAUCUAGAGUCAGAAAAUACGUAUUUUUCUUAAAUUAUCCAAUGUGUUGAUUACUAGAGAAAAAAUGUGUUAUUUUUCCACAUCAUAGGCAGUUGCGUACAUUCAUUCAUAACAAAAUCCAUUGUUUAAAGAGAUUAUAUUUUUGAAAUUACGAAACAUUUAGACAUAUAUACAGUAUAUUGUUUGAUAGGCAAUCAACAAUUUUUUUUUAGCCGUGCAAUAUAAAUAAAUUAUUUGAUGUUAUGGCUUAUGGUUGAAUAUUAUCACCUUGAACAAAUAUAUAUUUUUUUCUAUUAAAGUUUAAUUCUGUAAGUUAAGGUACGUAGAUAACUUUUAUAGAUUUCAAGAUCUUUCUUCGUACAAGUAAAAUAUAUGAAUGGUAUAUUUGAGGACCAAUUUCUUACAACGUAAACUAGACACAAAUUUAAGAUAAACUGUCUUUAUUUUGACUCCAUGUUUACAAGGGUUGACUUUUUUUAUGUUUUAUUUAUACAAAACCUGUUGAAGACAUUUUAUGAAAUUUUAUUCAUGUUUGGUACAAAGAAAUAUAUAUUUUAUGCAGUUACUUAAAGAGUGAAAUAUUUUAUUUUAUUCAGAUGAAUUUCUUUCACAAUUGAUCAUCUGUGGGGAAUAAACAAAAGAAACACAA